CCGCCGCUUCCUCCCGCCGCCCCUCCGCGCCACCCCAGCGAACGCGGCCGGGCCCGGGGGGACGAGUCUCGGCGCCGCCGGGGACCGGGCGCGGGCCGCGCCGCAGCCGGAGCGGAGUCGGGCCCCGCCGCUGCCUCCUUCCGCCGGCCCCGCCGCCGGCCAUGCAUUCUUCCGGCUCCUCUGGCUCCCGCAGCCCGGGCCAGGGCCCGGCCAGCCCGAGGCAGCCGCGAGGGGAGUAGGGCGCCCGCGCGCCCGCUCGCGCCGCGCCUCGGCCGCCGCCGCCGCGUCCAUGACCGCGACCCCUCGUCCGGGGACACCCGCCGCCGCCGCCGCGCAGCACCGCGCCCCGGGCCGCCAGCCCCCGGCCCCGCUCGCCCCCGCGCUCCACCGCCCGCCGUCCGCACCCGCCGAGACAGGACGGACGCCAAUGUGAGCAUGGCCGUGACUUUGGAAGAAGCUCCGUGGCUGGGCUGGAUCUUGGUGAAAGCCCUGAUGAGGUUUGCCUUCAUGGUCGCCAACAACCUGGUUGCUAUUUUAUCCUACAUCUGCUAUGUAAUUAUACUUCAGCCCCUUCGACUGCUGGACAGUAAGCGGUUCUGGUAUAUUGAAGGAAUCAUGUAUAAAUGGCUUUUAGGAAUGGUGGCUUCUUGGGGAUGGUAUGCUGGAUAUACAGUGAUGGAAUGGGGGGACGAUAUUAAAGCCGUUUCACAAGAUGAAGCAGUGAUGUUGGUGAAUCAUCAGGCAACAGGGGAUGUUUGUACUCUGAUGAUGUGCCUCCAGGACAAAGGCCUGGUUGUUGCUCACAUGAUGUGGUUGAUGGAUCAUAUUUUUAAGUACACAAACUUUGGAAUUGUUUCUCUGAUUCACGGAGACUUCUUUAUAAGACAGGGAAAAUCUCAUCGUGACCAGCAGCUUCUUCUUCUCAAAAAGCACCUAGAAAAGAAUUACAGGAGCAGAGACCGAAAAUGGAUUGUUUUGUUUCCAGAAGGGGGCUUCCUCAGGAAGAGGCGAGAAACAAGUCAAGCGUUUGCCAAAAAAAAUAACUUGCCAUUUCUUACACAUGUCACUCUGCCAAGGAUUGGGGCAACAAACAUUAUCUUGAGUGCGCUUGUAGCACGACAGGAAAAUGGAAGUCCAGCAGGAGGAGAUGCUAAAGAAUUAGGUAGCAAAUCGAAAGGCCUCCAGUGGAUAAUAGAUACAACUAUAGCUUACCCCAAAGCUGAACCCAUAGAUAUUCAGACCUGGAUCCUUGGGUACAGGAAACCAACCAUCACACAUGUACAUUACAGGAUCUUUCCAAUUAAAGAUGUACCCCUGGAGACGGAUGGCCUUGCUGAUUGGCUCUACCAACGUUUUAUUGAAAAAGAAGAACUCUUAUCACAUUUUUAUGAAACAGGAGCUUUUCCACCUCCCAAGGGCCAUAAGGAAGCUGUUUCCCGGGAGAUGACCCUCAGCAAUAUGUGGAUAUUUCUCAUACAGUCUUUCGCAUUUUUGUCAGGCUACAUGUGGUAUAACAUCAUCCAGUAUUUUUACCAUUGCCUGUUCUAGGAAUUGACUUGGACUUGUCAAGGUCACCAUAGGAGUUCAGACUUUCAUAAGUGUGCAUUAUUUUACAUGUGCAAAUCAGAAUAUAAAAAAAAUAAGCAAAGGAAAUUCAAUGGAUGGAUUAAUAUUUAUCCCCCUUUGGGAUAUUUUAAAACUCUACUAAAAUGAGGAUCAGUAAUAUAAUGACCUGCUAAUAUGUUUUAAGGACCUUUCACGUUUUAAAAAGAUACACUCCACCACACACUUAAGCAAACACCACAUUUGGAGAAGAGGAAAUCAUAAACUCAUCGUAGAAGACCGUCUGAGAGAAACUCCGUUGCCACCAGACGUACUUGAUGACCUAGUUCCAGCUCAGAGAGUUGUAUUCGUUCCUCUUAGCUAGUAGUCUCUAUCAGGGCAGAGCUGUAGAGCGCCCUCAUUUCCACCAACUCUGGCUGUGUAUCUAGGAGCCUGGAGGGGAGCUGGGCGGCGUCCUCAAGAACUGUUCCCCUGCAGUUCGCAGUGACACUCCGGUGUCCAGCACAGCACGCCCGUGGGGGAGAAGCAGUGUCCACUGGACACGUUCCGGUACUAGAAUGUGUUCCUAAAAAGGCUAGCUCAGUCCAACAUCGUGUUUACAUGCGCUAGUGCUUUCCCUUAAAUGAGGGGGGUCACUUGAUUUCUCUUUUCAUAUAGAGGCAUAUCAUAGACUGAUAAUUGUCUUUUACCAAAUGCACUUUUAUCAGAUGCAUAUAUAGCAAAGGAUUAGUAAUAAGCCUGAAAACAAACGUCAGCAUAAUCAGUGAACGGGAUUCUUGAGAGGCUGUCUCCUCUCUGCGUGGGUACCGGGGUGCCCCCUGCACGGAGCGCCCACAGGAGCCUUCCAUCAGUUCAGAGGCUGUGUUCUGCCCACUUCGGCUUGUUAGCACCAACUGUAUUUGGGAGGGGGGCUGGAACAGAUUAAUGCGAAACAUGAUCAGUUCAAAGUGAGAUGGGGUUUUAUUAGAAAAAUAAGAGUAAAUAAGAGAGCCAGACAUAGGCUUAAAAUGGUGAUAAGUUCUCACAUGGUACCCCCAAACCUGUGUUCUGUCAUCAUCUCAAGUUGCUGCCCACAUCAGGGUGGUGUAACCAUCAGACCUGCACAAAAGGCUUCCCAAUCUCUUUACAGUUGCUUUAAAGAGGAUAAAGUCAAGUUUCUAUUUCUAGAGAAUACUUUUUUCCCCUCCACUAUGAUUUACCUCACGGUCGAACCAGACUCUUCUCAGAAAGUGCUGGGAUGGCCUCUGUCCCUCACCCGCACUCCCAGCAUUGAGACAGAGUUGGUGUUUGGUUUGGGAUUGUGGGCUCUGAAGAUCCUAGGAAGUCAGUGGCAGUUUCCUGUGAUAUGAGCGUUAGAGAUUCCCCGUUGUCACUAAUCCUACAAAUGGCAAUUUGGAGAAGUAGGCCAGAAAAGAAAAAUAGAGGCUAAUGUUUUCUAUUUUUAAAUAAACCAAAAAAAAACAAAAAACAAAAAAC